AUGACUGCAGGCGACGUUUUCGCAUCCGGCUCCGCCGCUCUCAUCACGGGGGGCGCAUCGGGGAUUGGUCUUGCGAUUGCCAAGCUCUGUAAGAGCAAAGGCAUGAGGGUGUUCCUCGUCGACCGCGAUGCAGACACGUUGCAAAGGGCAGAGCGCGAGAUCGCCGGCCAAGAUUCGACGGGAAAAGACGUGGUCACUUCUGUAUCCGACGUCAGCCAGCCGGACAGUUGGAAGACGUUGAAACAGGCCGUGACUAAAGCUUUUGGGGGCAUCGAGCUUCUGGUCCUGAACGCCGGCACGGCUGCCAAGGGAAGCUGGGGGAAUGACGAUUAUUUCAGGACUGCAUGUCUCCUCUCUGCGGAAGUGCGCAACCCGUAG